CGGUUCUGUGGUGCUUGGAGAGGAGCCGUGGUCGCGAUGCCUGAGCCGGCCAAGUCCGCCCCCGCGCCCAAGAAGGGCUCCAAGAAAGCCGUGACCAAGACGCAGAAGAAAGGCGACAAGAAGCGCAAGAAGAGCCGCAAGGAGAGCUACUCCAUCUACGUGUACAAGGUGCUGAAGCAGGUGCACCCCGACACGGGCAUCUCGUCCAAGGCCAUGGGCAUCAUGAACUCCUUCGUCAACGACAUCUUCGAGCGCAUCGCCGGCGAGGCGUCGCGCCUGGCGCACUACAACAAGCGCUCCACCAUCACGUCGCGGGAGAUCCAGACGGCCGUGCGCCUGCUGCUGCCCGGCGAGCUGGCCAAGCACGCCGUGUCCGAGGGCACCAAGGCUGUCACCAAGUACACCAGCUCCAAGUAAAUGCCUGCUGAAUAUACCGCUUAACCCAAAGGCUCUUUUAAGAGCCAGCCACUUUUUCAUUAAAAGAGCUGUACAAUCAAUCAAACAGCGCCGUAUAGCUAAUUUAGAAUAUUUUUUUUUGUUUUUGUUUUUUUU